AUGCCUCCCUCCAAGAGAUUACGCUGCGACGAUCCAGAAUGGACACGGCGUAAGACUGCAAUCGAGAUGAUGUAUGUGGUCGACCGCCUAUCUCAGAAGAAGAUCAGAGACAAGCUUAAAGAAGAUAGAUUUUUCGUAACAAAAUCGGAACUUGAGGCCCAACUGCACUUCUGGAAUAUUCGGAAAAACGCGAGUGCGGAUGUCUGGCGAUACACUGAUCACAGGCUUCUGAAGAGAGAGCAACAAGGCAAAACCAGCGUGGUGUAUCACAAUGGCAGGAAGGUCUUGCGCGACACACUCAAGAAGGAGCGGAGUCGCUAUCAACCAGAUACGUUGACCAAGUACAUGACAGCUGUGAGUCCAAAGACUCCCGAGGGUAUGGAACUUUGGAUCCGCACGCCAACUCCCGCACCUAUGCAAUUGGCGUGGGCUCACACACUUCCAUGGAUACAGUUCCAGAACGAAGUGUUACCGAGCAUUCUGGAUUUGACACACCGCGUCAUCGAUAAUGAUCCUCAACACCGUGAAAGCCAAACACGACUGGACUUCUCGCCUUUGCACCGGCAAUUCAACGGGGACCCUUUCAGAAAUGCCUUUGAUUUUGCCAUUAACGUCGCAUCCAUGAUGCCUGAGAAAGCGGACAACGCAAUCGCCAACAGUGCACAGAUCAUCGCGAAAGGAGCAACCGACCAAGCCUUCAAUGAGCACAUUCAGCUUAUUUUAUAUUGUCUCUCGAACAACAUGUACGAAAUCGACUAUGAAGACGAUUCUUCUUGGCUGACGGUUGUAACCCUCAUCGAACGCUCUGGCCUGACGAAACAGCCACUUAAGCUCGCGCAACAAACGGACUUCACCAUCACAUCCAUCGCAGAAAAUCUGUUCAAACGUUGCAUCGAGUUCAGGAGUGUAGAAUCUUCUCGGUCUGAGCUCCAUAUGAGUAAUUCAAAAACAAUCUCAUGGCUUCUCGAAUCCGGUCAAAAUCCAGAUGUGGAGGUAAAUGUCAAUGGUGAAACCUCCUCGCCACUUAGAUGUGCGACAAGCCGGUAUGAUUACGAACUCGCUAUGGAGCUCCUCGAUGCCGGGGCUGAUCCGAACAAAUCUUUUGACCAGAAAACACCUCUCCUCGGCUUGUUGCGAGAUGAUCAGGGUGUGUACUUGAAGAUGACACCAAAGCAGCGCGAUGCCUUCAAAAACCUAGUUCUGCGGCUUUUAGAGGCCGGCACGUCACUGCACGAGGGUCCCUCUGACGACGGGCCUUCUGCGCUCAUGUGGGCCGUCCGCUUGGACCUUGAAAUAGCUGACAUACUUAUUCAACAUGGCGCAAAGAUUGAGCAUCAGAGACAUGCUUAUUACACCAACAUGGGCGGGUGGCAAUUCGUCAGAAUACAAAGCGUGAUGGGAUUCGCAAUGUACAGAAGCGACGAAGAACAAGCCAUGAGAAAGGUUCAACAUUUAAUUGGUCAAGUUCGGCGAUCACAUUCAUCAAUCCCUGUCGCCGAUCUCCUACCUGCCGACGUUGUUUGCCGAGCUGCCUACUUUGGCUUCAAGCGCAUCGUUGAAUACUGCUGCGGUUGUCGGAACACUACGAACACCCGGCCACAUGUCCUGUUUUCGGCUCUCUGUGCCGCAUCACUUAGCGGCCGUCGGGAAGCCUGCGAGUUACUUCUUCAAUAUGGUGCGCCCAUCGGAGGUCCAAAGGGGCUUGAGGCGAUUCCCUCGCCACUCCACUUCGCAGCAUUGAUGGGUCAUUCCAACGUCGUCGAGCUUCUUUGUGAUUAUGGAGCUGACGUGAAUGUAGAGUUCAAACCCAGUGGGGGUUUUGAUCACGCAAGAAAUUACAUGUGGAACCGCGUCAUUACAAGUCUCGAGGUCGAACGCAGGCUCGGGGGAUAUUAUUCGCAGAAAAUUCUCGGCAUGCAUUCCCUCCGUAUCAAUGCCUUAGGCGCAGCAAUUGUUGGAGCCGAUGAACGAGCACCUCAAUUAUUUGAAAUUUUGAUCAAAUAUGGAGCGAAGGUGCCCAUUUGGGCUGCAUACUACGGCGCUAUUAUACCUCAACAUCCCGGGACUGUCUACUUUGCUGUGAAGCAGGGCGCUAAUCUGAAUUGGCGCGGGCCAGACGGAAAAACGCCUUUGCAAAGAGCUUUGCAACCAUUCACCAUGACUAUUAGGGUAAAGAAUAGGCUGAAAUUCGACAAGAAUGAUUGUUUGGCGGUUAUAAAUUCGCUAGUCGACGCCGGUGCAGAAACGGCUGGUAGCGAAGCUGAACUAAUAGUUGUGCUGGGGUGCUGGAGUCAUACUGAUGAGGUCUCAUCACGAGCCUUCGGUAACAAUUCCCAAUGGAAGGCACAUCAUCUGUCGAAAUUGGCUGCUAUUUUCCUUUCAAGGUCCAUCCCCAGGAUAGAACGGGUCUUAGCGAAUUGCCUUGGCGCCUACGAUCCCGGCGCUCUCUGUGCUGCCGUUAUGCUUGCCAUCUCAUCUGGCUCAACGGAACCCCUCCAGCAACUCAUCAUCAAUCGCCCAGAAAUUAUCCAUGGUGCAGAACAAGAAGGCGUUGCCUUGGGUCUCGCAGCUUGGCAUAGCCGAGUGGACAUACUGGACAUACUCCUUUCCAAGAUACAGAGCUCGACCCCAGCUUUGAUUCCUGCUUACUCGCAUGCUUGGGAGACACCUAUGACAAUCCCUUCUAAAGAAGAGUUGCAAAAGGAUAUUUCCGAGUCAUUCGAGGAGGAAAUUCCAUUUUGGCAUCAACAGUCUAAGGACGAACGUGAGUUUCUCCGUGGCUCGCCGUUGCUUUUCUCCAUCUGGUCCCAAGAGUGCCUGGAUAAGCUGUUGGAAAACGAUUUCAGGCCUGACAGACUCACCCUUUCCGUCGCUGUCUGUAAUGGGGAGAUUGAACUUCUCGAGAAGUUAGUUCACAGAAAGUUGGUCGACGACAGUGAUUUAGAUCGACCGGGCCCCUUGUAUUGGUCAGUUGUGAGAAGAUUGGAGGGAAUGACGAGAGUCCUCUUGAAGGCUGGUCUAAGCCCGAAUGAGCCUAACGAACUGGUUCAUCGCGGACGAAGCCCGCUUCAAAGCGCGGUUGAGGAUGGGAAUCUUAGGAUUAUAGACCUCCUUCUUGAAUCUGGUGCAGAUUUCAACGCUUCCGCGGCGAAGAAGGAAGGAGCUACGGCACUGCAACUUGCGGCCAUUCAAGGUCGUCUGGGCAUCGCAAGACGUAUGAUUGAUUUAGGGGCUAAUGUUAAUGCCUUGGGUGCCGAGGUAUAUGGUAGAACGGCCUUGGAGGGUGCCGCUGAACGCGGACGAUUGGACAUGGUUCAACUUCUGCUUGACUGCGGAGCCAAUGUUGUCGGAGACGGAUGCUUACAAUACUUCAGGGCUAUCAGAUUUGCAGAAGAGGAAGCACACAUGGUGGUGGCUAACGUCUUGAAGAAUCACAGAGAAUGGACCAACUUUGACUUUGAAACGUGGGAGCGGGUCGUUGGCCUUGAAAAGGAUGAGUUGGAAGGGCUGGAGGAACUCAUACCUAGCUCAGCUGGAACCCCAUCAUCCAGCUGCGGAGAUGAAGACGGCCCAGAGGACAUAGCACGUGUGAUAAGUCAUUUCGAUCAUGAGGUCAAAAGUAGUUGGGAAGAGCCCUUUCGUGAAGGGAUAAACGACGGAAAUGAAGCCGCACUUGUGGAGAGAACACCUGGACGACUUGAAAAUUCCUCAGUCGCAAUGUUCACUGGCGCUGGGUAUGACAACAUCGUUGUGGAAAAUCAUCUGGCUUCUCUUAUGUAUGGCCAGCCAGCAUGGAAUCAGCAAACCGGGAAUGCAGAGGAUGGGAUUCAGGUUUCAUGGGAAGGCAGCCCCAUCAUCGGGACUAUUCAUGACCUCCACGCCUUUCAGGGCUCCGAAAUUCUUCACAUCGACAAUCGACUAGGGUGUGACCAGCAGCCUGAAUGGGCAAACCAAGAACUUCAAGCUUUGUGGGAAUCUAAGCUGAUCGGAGGGCUCGAUAAUGAUGUAACCAUGGAAGAGCAGGUAUUCUCCGCCAUGGGUGUUGAAAUGACAUGGAAUCAGCAAUUGGGUAUCAUAGAUUGGAACGACCCUCGGAAUUGGCUUGGUACCGAGAUUGGAAGCGGGAUUUGUCAUGAAGUACUUGAAGGGGACGUGGAUUGGGUUGAUAUCCAAAAUCCUGAUGCCUAG